AUGACAUUUGAAAUGGAUUGUGAGAUUAAAUCAUGUCUGGUAAUUCUUAUUUUGUUCUCCAGUGCAAUCUAUUGUGUUGUUGGAGAGCCUCAAGUACCUUGUCUUUUCAUUUUUGGAGAUUCUUUAUCAGAUAAUGGAAAUAACAAUAACCUUCCUACCUAUGCAAAAGCUAAUUUCAAACCUUAUGGGGUUGAUUUUCCUGAUGGUCCUACUGGAAGAUUUACCAAUGGCAAAACUUCUGUGGAUAUAAUCGGUGAUCUUUUGGGAUUUGACCAUUAUAUUCCACCCUAUGCAAAUACCAACGGUAAAGAUAUUGUUGAAGGUGUUAAUUAUGCAUCUGGUGCAGCAGGAAUUCGCAAUGAGACUGGUACACACAUGGGUCAACAUAUCAGCAUGGGAAUGCAGUUAGAACAUCACAAAGAUAUUGUUUCUCAGAUUUCUAAGAAACUUGGGAGUGACAAAGUACAACAACACCUUAAUAAGUACUUAUAUUAUGUGAAUAUAGGAAGCAAUGAUUACCUUAACAAUUACUUCCUGCCACAACAUUAUCCAACUAAAGCUAAGUAUACUGCUAAAAAUUAUGCUAUAGCUCUGAUCAAAGAACAUUCAACUUAUUUAAAGGCAUUGUAUCAGCUUGGAGCUAGAAAGUUUUCUCUGAUUGGAUUGGGGGAUAUCGGUUGCGUUCCGCAUGAAAUAAUUAGACAUGGGAAAAAAUCGUGUGUUGACGAGGAGACUAAAGCAGCACUAAUUUUUAAUGAUCAACUGAAAUCCCUUGUCGAGCGGUUCAAUAUAAUAUUUCCUGAUGCAAAGUUCAUCCUCAUUAAUAAUUCUAUCAUGAAAGAUGAAAGGUUAAACUUAGAUACGGUGAAUUUGAUAUGUUGCAAAGUGGGGCCAAGUGGGCAGUGUGUUCCUAAUGAGGAACCAUGCAAGGAUAGAAACAUGCGUCCAUUUUUUGAUGAAUUUCAUCCAACUGAGGUGGUCAAUAAUGCCUCUGCAAAUAGGGCUUAUACUGGUCUUGUUCCAUCUUUUGCAUAUCCAAUGGAUAUCAGUCAUCUUGUUAAGUUGUAA